GUACGCCACCGUCUGCGUGAUAAAGCACAGGCGUCUCCUUGCGUCGCGUCCGGAAGCUUCCAGACUCGAGUCGGUCGAACCGAAGCGCUCCUCCUCCCCUCGAGCCCUCGGAUUCAUACUCCUCGCUUGCGGUCAAUAUGAGAAGAGGCUACAAUUACAGUCCUUCACCACCAAGGAGCUACAGGAGAAGGGUACGCAGCCCAAGCCCCCGUGAUCAUUAUGGUGGCCAUGAUAGAGAUCUGCCGACCAGUCUUUUGGUGAGGAAUCUCCGUCGAGACUGUAGGCCAGAAGACCUUCGACAUCCAUUUGGGCAGUUUGGUCGUCUUAAAGAUAUAUAUCUUCCAAGAGAUUAUUACACAGGGGAGCCCCGGGGAUUUGGGUUUGUCCAGUAUUAUGAUCCUGAAGAUGCUUCUGAUGCAAAGCACUAUAUGGAUGGGCAAUUAGUUCUCGGCAGGACAAUAACCGUUGUAUUUGCAGAGGAGAACAGAAAGAAGCCUCAAGAGAUGAGAGCUAGGGAUAGAGUCAGAGGUCGUUCUUACGAACGGAGGUAUUCUCACUCUAGGUCCCCUCGUUAUUCUAGGGGCCGAUCUCCUUCCCGCAGCCGAAGCUACUCAAGGUCUCCCUCACCUCCGAAUGGAAAGCACAGAUUCAGAGAGAGGUCCUACUCCCGCUCACCUGUUGACAGCAGAUCAGGAAGUAGGAGCCCCUAUGAGGAGCGAUUCAGCAGAUCCACAAGGAGAGAGAGGUCUCUUUCGGUUAGCGGAUGAAGUACUAGAGCUACUGUGAAUCUGCUCACGUUUAUCUACUUGCUAUGUCUUUUGAGCCAUAUGAUUUGUGGUAUAUCUAGAGCAUCGUGCCGAGUGAUGCCAGAAUAUGCAACAUUUGGCUAUGUGCUUUACCUGGAGGGUUACGGUCCCCACUAGUUUAAUUUUGUUGUGUGACUGCUUCUGGAAGAUAGCUCUACGCUACGAAUAAAGUUGGUUGGAUAAUGAAAGCUCAGUGAUUUAAUCGUGUCA